UCAUCACCACAUCUAUCUUUAUUAUCAACAGAUAUAAAUUUAUUUUCAAAUGAUGAUACAUUUUCAAUGAAAAAUAAUGAAAAUAUGAAUGUUUCACCAACUAAUAUUUCAAAUACAUCGUCACCUUCAAAAUAUCAUGUACUUAAUACACCAGAACGACCUCAUUUAAUUUGUUUGACACCAAGUCCAAAACGAGAGUGUUUUAAUGAAUAUCUUCUUCCAUUGUCUGAAUCAAUUAAUAUCGAAAAUUAUUCAUCAAUACGUUUAAAUAAAUAUGAUUUAUCAAAAAAUCUUCAAGAAAAAAUCGGUUAUAAUCCAACUUAUACAGAAGUCUUAAUUGGUCAAACACGUGAUCAACGUUAUAUGACUGAACAAGCUCGACGAUAUCUUUCUUGUUCUUCAUUAAAUAAUUCCUAG